CAAACGGCAACCGUGACCCGUUGGUUGCCGAGUGCGCCCCGAUUUCCCGCAAUCUCUCUGAACAUGCUCAGCCGGCUGUGAGGGGAGCGUUACGCGUUCGGGGGCAUUCGUUUCGUCGCGGCACGUGUGAAGAAAUCGGGGACGGGGUACGCGCGCGCCCGUUGUCAUCUAUUUGGCAGAGCGGCCUUUUCUUCUCUCUCUCUCUCAACCCGGUACUUCGUUCCGCGGCGGCGGAGGUGUCCCGCAAGAUCUCUCCCGCGCACGCACCGCAGUCGGUUUGUCGGUUUCUUCCGUUACGCGAGUGGGCGACCGCCACGCGAGCCACGAUGGCCACGAUCAGGAUACACCAGGAUCAGGAUCAGGAGAAUCGCAUCGCCGACCGGCGCAACCGCGACAAGGAGAACUUCGCCGCGGCCGCCGCGGCCACCGCCGCCGCCGCUGCCGCCGCCGUGAUGAACAAGCAGACACAAGUGCUGCACCAGAAACGCGCCGUUCUCGGGGUCCUGCACAACAAUUGUCCACGGAACGCGGCGAAGCCCCAGGAGGUCUACAAAGAUGAGAAGUACAUCAAAUCGAAACCUACCUUUGUACCCACGCAAUCUGAGUCUUUCAAAAUUUUCGAGGAGGACUUUUACAAGAAGGAGGAACCAGCCUUCAAGAUUUAUGAGGAUAAGCUGGAGGAAGAAACAUCUGUCGCUCUUAGAAACUCGAAGGAGAAGAAGGAAGCGAAAGCUGUACAAGAAACGAUGACAAAGUUCGAACAAAGGGAACAGCUGAAAUUAGAAGUGGACUCUGUAGACAGCACUUCCACUUAUGUAUUUUCUAGUAAGAUCGAGGAAGUCGGUCAAAAUAAGCAGGAUGAUGUCUUAUCGAAAGACAGUCCCAUGUCACUGGGGAUGUCGUUAGAGAAGUCACUCACAUAUAGCAGUUCCUCCAACGACGAGUAUAGAACCAGAAGGGAGUGUAACAAGGAAUUGAGAACCACUUUCUUCGAUGUAGAUGAAUACAGGGCUGAUAUAUACAAUUAUUUGCGAGUGUCAGAGACACUGUAUAGACCAAAGCCUGGUUACAUGAAGAAGCAGCCUGAUAUUUCAUAUUCAAUGAGAUCUAUAUUGAUAGAUUGGCUCGUAGAGGUAGCUGAGGAAUAUCGGUUGCAGGACGAGACACUUUACUUGUCCAUUUCGUACAUCGAUCGCUUUUUAUCGUACAUGAGCGUUAUAAGAACGAAGUUACAACUCGUUGGAACUGCCGCUAUGUUUAUCGCGGCGAAAUACGAGGAGAUUUAUCCGCCCGAUGUAGGAGAAUUUGUAUAUAUCACAGAUGAUACGUAUUCAAAGACACAAGUGAUAAAAAUGGAGAAUUUGAUAUUGAAGGUUUUGUCAUUCGAUUUAACUGUACCGACGCAUUUCACAUUCCUCAAUGAAUAUUGCAUCAGCAACAAUUUAUCGGACAAAAUUAAAUUUUUGGCAAUGUACUUGUGCGAGUUGUCGAUGCUCGAGGGAGACCCAUAUUUGCAGUACUUGCCAAGUCACUUGGCUGCAUCCGCGAUAGCACUAGCGCGGCAUACGUUGCGGGAAGAGAUCUGGCCACACGAAUUGGAACUGUCAACUGGAUACAGUUUAAAGACUCUGAAGGAAUGUAUUGCAUACUUGAGCAAAACCUUCUCCAAUGCUCCUAACAUGCAGCAAACAGCAAUACAGGAGAAGUACAGAAGCAGCAAGUACGGUCAUGUAUCCAUGCUGUUGCCUCGUAGUACCGAGGCGGUAUCGUGCGAGGACGAGGAUGAAGAGGAAGGCAUUUAGUAAAGAAUAUUGUCAGACAGGCACAGAAUUAAAAUAACCUUUUUUUUUCUGUGUUUAAAUUGGUAAUUGAAUAACGAACCUCCCAUGGCAGGCUUACACUGAAAAUGAAGGAGGGGAUGAGGGCAAGACUUGACCUGCCAUUCCUAUAAAAUGGAAGGAAAAACGUACGAUUUACUAUUUCUUUCUCGUGAAUUUGUUGCAGUCCGGUCGGUACAUUUUGCGAGAGCAAAAUCCUCUACCUGAUUCUCCUACCUUCACCACACAUUAUUUUGUAUCAACAAUGUCUUCAUAUUCUUAAGUCAUGGCCUAACGAAAAUUUUAAUAAUUACUUUAAAAGUUUUGCCAAUAUAAAACUCCAGAAAGGGAGAGGGGGAGAGAGAGAAAGAAAGAGAUAAUAAUCUCAAAAAUUGUAUUUUUAUAAGUACUUUUUAGAGGAUUAAAACAACAACGCGAUA